AUGGUAGAUCUCCUGAGCGUUACCAUUAGGAUCCUGGCCGAGAGCUGCGACCCCUCUGUGAAGCGUGUCCACGUGGACUGUGGCCCUCCUCCUGUUCCCUAUGGGUCCCUGGACCCUUCCCUCGUCUGCUGGUACGGUAGUCCGCUCUGGGGUAGACCAGGGCUCAUCGCUGGACCAGAUGGAAAAGCUUUCUACCUGGCCCCUGCCCUGCCGGACGCCCUCUUUAAAGACAGGUUGGAUGGCUCAUACCUGGGCCCCAAGCUGGAGGGUCUGGUGCCCGAGAACCAAGUGACCCUUACGUACCACGUCCGGGAAGAGAGGAAGCCCAAGAAAGAGCCAAUGAGGAGUCCCUGCCGUACCGCACCGGAUUCUUCAGAAGACGCACUUUCAGACACCAGCUUCAGCACUCUCUCCGCAGGGACAGAGGAUGGCUUAGUGUCUAACAUGGAUGACUUAGAGGAAGAGGUGUGUCCGACCACAGAGGGCGAGCUCCGGCAGUUGGAUGAAAUCCUGACAGAGGUGGAUGCCCCGCUCCGCACCAAAAUCCUCUCAGAAGUGGAAUCGCUGAUUGCCAAGUACCGCAAGUGCCUCAGUGUAGCUGUGCAGGGAAAAAAGCUCUAUCAAAUGGAGCUGGAGAAGUUCAACUAUGUGCAAAGAGGGAAGAUUCGUAAACUCAGAGAAACCAACAAGUACCUGGAAAAAAAGAUGCGGAGGUUGCAGCAGGCCAUUGGAGAAGAGUCGGGCGAACCUCCCCCUCCUCCUGAAGCAAUCGUGACAGAAGAAGAAGAAGAGAAGCCAUUUGAGAACGAACCAUUCUGCUCUACAGAAGGAGAGAUGCAGGAUGCGGAGGAGAUAUGCGACUCUGCCAUAGAAGGGCCCACGGACGCUUGAGAAUCCUCCGCUGAUUUCUAUUGGUGCUCGUUUGGUGGCUGUCGCACCCCGGGGUGGAAAUGUGCCCCGACUUUUAGGGGGCAGGGUGGUUGCGGUUGAGUUGAAACAAUUCGUGUUGUGAUGUAAUGUCCACGAAUUAUUACUUGACUGCUUGCUAUGUCAUUAGUAUUGGAGACUUUAUGUUUGGUCAAGCAUUGUUAUUGCACUUGAAUGAGUGAAUGGUUUUGCAAUACUUAAUGAAAAUACUAGAGCUUUUUAGUGAAAAAUUAAGGGAAAACAAAAUGCUGUCACGUCUUCUGUGUAAAAAAAAGUGAGAUAUGGAAUUCUGUGAAUAGUUAAGUUUUUGACUGAAUUAGGAAUUUUAUUACUGGUAUUGUUUGUUGUUAUAAUUAUUUCCUUUUAAAAGUUCAAUGAUAAACUUGGAGGAAAACAAAACUGUUUCCAUAAUUUUGUAGUAUUAAAUAGCUUACUUGCCCAUUUGCUAUGUCCAAACAUCAUGAGGGGAAGGAGGGGGGGGGGGGCA